CAGGACAAAAGAUUGCGUUCAUCUAUGGCGCGUUAAUCGGAUACGUUCGCGUCGCUCGCAGAAAAUAAUAAACACGGCAUCACGUAACCUUCGGGCCGGUAUGAACCUUUAAAAUUCCACGGUUAAUUAUUGAAUGUCGUGAACAAGUGAACAGACCGUCCUCCAGAAAUCUGGGCGCGUUUCUCAGCCCAUGAAACGAAUUAUGGGCAUGCAAAAUUCGAAGAGACAGGACACAGACGAUGACAUAAUAUCGAAAAAAUCGUUGCAGACGGUGAAGCAAAUCAUCAACUUCCUGAAAGAACAUGCCAGAGAGGAAGGUUUAUUCCGACGUGCAGGCCGUCGUGAUCUCAGAAGAAGGAUCUUAAAUUCUUUGAAGAAAGGAGAGAAACCUCAUUUAGGGAACAAUGACGCGGCUUUGGAAUGCGCAGCAGCGUUACAACUUUUCUUAUGUCAUUUAAAGAAACCCGUCAUGCCCCAGCACGUCCAGCAGCUUCUUCUGGCUGAUAAUCCCGGAGUGACCGCCCACAUGAUCGCCAGAGACGCCCUAGGAUUGAUACGACAGGAUGUUGGUGGUCGUCAUGGAGAGCUAUUGGCUGGUCUUCUUGAUUUACUGAGACACUUGACCCUUUCUGGUCCUCCAUCCGAGAGAUCAGAGCUUCGUGGUUCACCGCUUCCGAUUGCACUGCUUCCAGUCUUCUUCACUUUAACGCCGGCUGAUCUGGUAAAAUGGAAGCAAGUGGCCGCCAGAUUCAGCGAAUUAAUUACCGAGGCCCCUGAGCAACUGCAGCUGAAUGAAAAUCGAUUGUACGAAAUAGAAUCAACGAGGCUAUCCAUUGGGAACGCGGGCAACGUUAGGUUGGAGAGAUAACUGGGAUUCUUGAUGUGCCGUUGCACGGUCCACCGGCGAGUAGACUUCAUCCAGUAAUUUCCAAUUCGAAUUGAAAGCACCUAGUAUUAAGCGGCAUUACAAAUGUAAUUUUUUUUGUACACAUGUAACGAGAUAUUUUAAAUUACCCGCAUUUCCGCAUAUACCUUCAAUCGCGGAAUUUAAUUCCUUUUUUUUCCCGAAAAACAUUACAUUUUUUCCCAAUAUUUUCUUCUUUUUUUUUCCCAUUCUAUUCUUGUCCUCUUUCUUUUUACUCAAGAAAUUUUGAUUUUUCAUUUUGAUUUGGAAUGAAAAUAAUUUGGCGUGUAAAAAAAAAAUUAGGACUAUAUAUAUACACGAUAUAUAUACACGAUAAAUAUGCUAGAGAUUAUCAAUUUGUAAUCAAUUAUAUUUAAAAAUAUAUAAAAAUAAACCA